CCACUGGGCCGUAUCUCUUUCCCAGCUCAUCCGCCUCAUCCAAGCACGCAAAGCCGAAACAGAACAGGAAAGAAACGCGCCCAGGAGGGAUUCCGGCGUCCUCUUCUCGCAAGCCCUAGAAGCCAUGGUCCGUGGAGGCCGCAGGUGACCGGCGCCGGUAGCAAGAGGCGCCAGGAGGAGUGGUGGUGGUUGUUGAGGCGCGGCAAGAUGUCGGUGCGGAUAAAGGCGGUGGUGGACAGGUUCGUGAAGGAGCUCAAGGAGGCGCUGGACGCGGACAUCCAGGACCGCGUCAUGAGGGAGCGCGAGAUGCAGAGCUACAUCGAGGAGCGCGAGCGCGAGGUCGCCGAGCGGGAGGCCGCGUGGAAGGCCGAGCUCCCCCGCCGCGAGGCUGAAAUUGCGCGGCAAGAGGCAAGGCUUAAAAUGGAAAGGGAGAAUCUGGAGAAAGAAAAGAGUGUCCUGAUGGGAACUGCUUCGAAUCAGGAUAACCAAGACGGAGCCCUUGAGAUCACAGUCAGCGGUGAGAAGUAUAGGUGCCUGCGCUUCUCCAAGGCGAAGAAGUGAGGCACCGCUGCCUCCUUCCUGUUCCCAAAUAAUCAGGUGAUUGAACGCCACAUGAGAUGAUGCCUGCCUGCCUGCCUGCCGAUCGAGUGCAGUAACAUGAAUGGCUUCCAAUUAUCGUCACAGCACAGGAGCCAUGUUAGGUCCAGCUUCUGAUUGCCAGCGUCGGUUCACUUCGAAAAAACAAUUAAGGACAUUGCUUUUCUUUUCUCUUCCCUUCAGAACUCGGGGCUGGAGCUACCUGUUCUGCCCCCGGUCAAUAAGUUUUUGGUUCCAAUUUUCUGUCCAAGAUUCAGUUGUGCUCCUACAAUUUAAUUAUUUUCACGUGGC